AUGGCUACCCCCUCAUCCACCUAUUUACUGAAGCGCGAUCAAAUUGAAGCCAUCCGACUUGGAUCCCGGCAUCUAUUGUGGCAGCUGCAUUUGAAGCAUCUCCUUCAUCCAGAAAUACCCACCACAGAUGGCAUGGUAAUUGCGGAUAUUGGAGCAGGCACAGGACUCUGGGCUCUCGAAGUAGCGAAUCAGUUUCCCUCGUUGCGGGUAACAGCAUUUGAUAUUGCCGGAACCCACUUUCCCAGCCCGGAGUUCUGGCCGUCGAAUGCCAAAUUUGCCUUGCUGAAUUCAUUGCAAGAUGUUCCCUCUGAGCUGGUAGGCCAAUUUGAUGUGAUUCAUCUACGCAUGUGGGCGUUUGUUGUCCGCGGUGACGAUCCUAGCCCGUUGAUCCAGAAUGCCGCCAAAAUGCUCAAGCCUGGAGGCUAUCUUCAGUGGGAGGAUGCCCGAUUUGAGAGCAGCAUAGUGAAAGGCGACUCUGCAGCCCUGCUUCGACAGAUGAUGAGCCAAAUGGGCAAUGCUGCAAAGAUCAACUUCCAGUGGCUGGAAGAGCUUGAUCAGCGCGUGAACCGUGCGGAUGCUAAUCUGGAAGUAGUCGACUUCCAGAAGAAACUGUGGUUGCCCCAGAAUAUUCCGCUGUGUAUGAAUACAUUCUUGAUUGCUUUGGAGAACAGUGGCGCCAUUCUGGAUAAGUUGAAGCAGGUUGACCCUUCUGUACCCAGCACAAAGGAAUGGAUGGACGCUCUUGAGACCUUGCAAAAAGAUAGUUGCAAGCCCGAAGGCAGUCAGCUUUACUGGCCUCCUGUGACACUACUUGCCAGAAAAAAUACCUGA